CACCUAAAUAAAAAAUAAACCUAUACUUUUAAGUAAACGAAAUUUCUUAUAUUUUGUAUAAAAAAAUUUAAACAGGAUGGGAGCCUUGGCUGAAGUAGCUGGUGAUGAAAGUAAUGAAGGAUCGCGAACAUUCGUGUUUCAGGAUGAAGGCCAUACUCUUGGUAAUUCCUUGAAAACCAUAGUGACACGUUAUCCGGACGUAGAUUUCUGUGGUUAUACUAUACCGCAUCCUGCAGAAAAUAAACUACAUUUUCGCAUACAAUCCAAUCAAUCACGAGCUAUCGAUAUUUUGAAGAGGGGAUUAGAAGAUUUAGAAAAAUUAUGCGAUCACACAAUAAUAACAUUUGAAGCUGAAAUUAAGGCGUUUAAUGAUAAAGAUAAAAUUCAAAUUUCUCUGUCCAAGAAAGAAUAAAUUAGCUUAGUCUUAAGU